CAUAGCGCUCGUUGUUUCUUGGUCGUCAAGGUGGAACGACAUUUUGAGAAAACAACACUGGGGGAAGAGAGAAACAACUAUGUCUUCUUUAGGAAGGGUCAUGGGUGUCCUUAGGGCCGGGAUGCAGCUUCUUACACGUGGACCUCAGAAAAUAGUAACCCGAAAAGCUGGUGGUGGACCACACAUAGAGGCCCAGUACAGGCAAUUCCCACAACUCACCAAGAGCCAGACGUUCCAAGCUGAGCUCCUCAGCAGUGCCAUGUGGUUCUGGAUCCUGUGGCACUGCUGGCAUGACCCAGAUGCAGUGAUGGGUCACUUCCCAUGGCCUGAUGCAUCCGCAUGGACAGACGAGGAACUGGGGAUCCCAGCUGACGAUGAGGAAUGAGGUGCCCUCUACCCCACUGACCCAAGACCGUGUGUGUGUGUGCCCGGUCCCUACCCGAGUCUACCUGGAGGUCACAACGGUGUCCUGAGAGGCUUUGUUGUACAUAGUCCAAGAAAUAAAAUUCAAUUUAUUCUGAAACAUA